CCUAAUCUAGCAUAGCAGCUGGGAGCAUUUUACCACGUGACGCGAGAGAUGUUAGAGAGCAGCCAUCAUCAUUUCACCUAAUUCAUGAGCAGCCCGAACUGGUAAAAGGUAAGACGACAAGGAAACUGAAAAACUACGAUGGAGUAGGUGAAGCCUGAAUCCUCUCCGGGUCUCAUCUUCUGUUUCACCGCCUCACAACUCACCCAGGCAGGCCUCAAGCAACACCUGGUCUGACGUUUGCUGCCUGCGCCCAGUGACACAGGAGCACAAACCUGCCCCUUUGGUUGCAGGAGCACAGUGGAGGAGAGGGUCUCACGCUGAUCACUCCCCCCAUUUGUCUUUGAGGAGGGGGGAGGAGGAAGAACGAGCUGCCAUAACUACCCAGAGCAUGGGGCAAAAAGUCCCAGGGGGCAUAAAAACCAUUGAUAUGCGGGAUCCGGCAUUCAGCCCCCUGAAGCUGGAGCUACAGGCCCUGAGUCACACCAAGCCGUCUCGACUGGAUCUGCUGCUGGACAUGCCACCUGCCAACGUGGAUGUCCAGGUCCAACACUCAUGGAACAACGACGACCGCUCCCUAAACAUCUUUGUCAAGGACGACAACAAGCUGGUGUUUCACAGGCACCCCGUGGCACAGAGCACAGAUGCCAUACGGGGGCGUGUUGGCUACACAAGGGGACUGCAUGUGUGGGAGAUCAGCUGGGCUAUGCGUCAGAGGGGCACCCAUGCUGUGGUUGGGGUGGCUACAAGUGAUGCCCCUCUACACUCGGUGGGCUACACAGCUUUGGUAGGAAGCAACGCUGAGUCCUGGGGCUGGGACCUGUGCAGGAGUAAACUCUACCACGACGGCAAGAAUCAUCCAGGAAAGAGCUACCCGGCCUUCCUCGAGCCAGACGACACCUUCAUAAUACCAGACUCCCUCUUAGUUGUCUUGGACAUGGACGAGGGGACUCUGGGUUACAUAGUGGAUGGACAUUAUCUAGGAGUGGCGUUUAGAGGACUUAAGGGCAGGAAGCUGUACCCUGUGGUGAGCGCCGUGUGGGGACACUGUGAAAUACGAAUCCGGUACAUAAAUGGACUUGAUCCUGAACCCCUCUCUCUGAUGGACCUGUGUAGGCGUUCGGUGAGGGUGGCGUUAGGAAGAGAACGUCUGAGUGAAAUCCAUAGACUGCCCCUGCCGGCCUCUCUCAAGAACUACCUGCUCUACCAAUGACGGCGCUGACAGUCACAACGCACACUCAGCACAGCCUCCUCUCUCUCUCUCACUCUGCCUCUCUCUCUCUUUGUCUCUCUCUCUAUCUCUAUCUCUCAUGUUUCUCUGGGAUCUUUCUUGGGUUGAACCCGUCUGACAACAUUACUCAAGCCUCCAGGACUGAGUCAGCCUUCAACAAGUAUGCUUCUGUGUCAGUGGCUGGACUCCUAUUGAGUUUCUUAUCCUGUUUUUAUGACUCUUUGCAAAUUGUACUCUCUAACUUUAUAAAAUCAGGAAUCACUGAGCACUAUGCACAUGCUGAUCCAGAUGAUGCCCCGACAGUCACCAUGUCGGUGUACCUCCUCCGGUUUGUAAGUUAAUGUGGUGGCAUGUGCAGUCAGUAUCUCUGCUGUGACCUCCAGACUCUGUGGAUCAUGAAUGUCUAUCUUGUAGCAUUUUAAUUUGAAAAAUUGGUUGCGCUAAAACAAACGUUGGUGUUCGAAAUUCAACUUUGACCAUUGGUGCAGAAGUGCACUGCUCAUAUGCAACCACCAGGUGGCAGCAUACACAUGUCAAACUGAGAAUUAUAACAGGACAUCCUAGUAGCUUUUAGAAAUGAGGUUUUUAAGUGGAUAAGAAAUACACAGCACAGACAGGAGAUGCUGACAACCCCACAGUGAGCCUGUAGUGCAGUGAGGGUGAAUGCACUGUGAGGCAGCUGAAGAGCAGCUCCGAUCACUCACUGCACUGCCAGAUUUCUCUGCAAGUAUGGAAAUGCACCCAUUACUUACCAUCAAGGCAUCCGACAGGAACAUCAUCAGCAGAAAUUUUAAUGGAAAGUUAAUGUCACUGUGAUUAUUUGUAGCAUGUAUCUGCAGGAAAUCUUUCUCAAUACAAUCACAACAUCUUUUUUGUUUUUGUUUUUUUUUUUUUUAUCUUUGCAGUCACUCCUGCUUUUUGUAGUGCAGUAGUUUUCAACCACGUUGUCAGGGCCCAAGAAUGCUGUUUUUUUGUUUGUUUUUUUAAUUCAACCAGUUUCUCCAUCAGCUGAUUUCACUGGUUUGCACAUAUUCAGCCAGAGAAUGGACACUAACCAAUGAAACAGCCACUGAAGUGAAAGAAAAUGUGCUACUCUUGGGUCUCACUGGCACAUAGCUGAACUAUUGAUAUAGUGUUUGUGUUUUAUAACAUGUAAGGGGGGGGGAAGGAGGUUCAGCGUUGUGCCUGAAUCCGCAAACUUCAGAUGAAAGGCACCAUAAUGACUGAAAAAGACAAUCCACAAAGUGCUGCACAAAUGUAAUAAAAGAAGGUCAGAUUGCCAAUGUAUUGUCAAAUGCCAUAUCAUAGACAUGUCUACUGUAGUAUUUUUAAAUGUGCAGACGUGGUCCUUAGUCAGCAGGACGCUCUGUGCCACACCUUACUUUUCCUUGCUUGCGGCUUCCAUUUUAUUUGUAUUCCUUGUUGUAGAUUUGUUUGUAAGUAUCUAUUAAAGUUUAUUUCAAAGUAUUUUUUGUGCACUGUACUGUAAUCUACAGGGGAAGCUGAGAAGAGUGAAAGUACUACAGGAUGAGAAAGUUAAAGUAGCUAACUGUUUACUUAUGUACUUGCAAGGGGAGAAUGUGAAACAUAAGGUUUGUAGUGAAAUAUAUAUGAUGUUAGAUGACUAGUCUGUACACUGUUGACAUAGGUGUUUGUUUUUUUACUUAUCUUGCUUGAUUGGAGCAUUUUUUGUUUUUUGUGCUUCAGAGAUAUCUCACCCUAUUGUAAGUCUUCACACUGAAGACAUUUUGACAUGCCACAGUGGGAAAAGCACAAGUGUGAAAAAAAAAAAAAAACUAACUUGGUCAUGGCUGAAUUCCAACUACUGUGGUUCCAGGUCCCUGUGUUGGUCUUGCUUGCUUACAUCAAGAUUUACGGGGAUGUUCAAUAUACACGCUACAAAAAUAGA